AUGUCCUCCCCAAAGAAAACUCUUUUGCCCGAUUUGGAGCGAAAAGCUUCAUUGAGAGCUCGUAUUUCGAAAGUUAAGGUCGAAGAACUAUCAAAGCGCUUUAAGAAAGGACUCAACUCCUCCAGAAAAGCUCUCACCAAGAACGUUGCAGAUAUGGUGGCUGUGCCUCCGAUUGAACUCACGGUCGAAGCACCAGCCAUCACUGGUACAGCUAGUCCGUACCGGCCAAUUCUUUCCAAGUCAAACACGCCAACCGUACCAAGUGGACCUUCUAAGGCCACUGCCACCACCUCUUCCUUUUCUUCUUCAUCUUCUUCGUCUGUAUCAGCAAAGAGAAUUAAAUUACAUCACACACCUUCGUUGGCAACAAAAGCCACCACCACAGCCUCUACAUCAUUGUCUGCUGUCUUGACAGCUUCUUUUACCGCAAAGCCCACCACAAAGAGCUCUGCAAACGCCAAGGACGUUCGGCCAGCUCUUGGUGCAGCGGUCCCUCCGAUUCCAGUUCCUCGUGCCAACAGCACAACUUCCAAAGUCGACUAUACGAGUAAGGGUAAAGCACCAGCUGAUGAGCCAAUCAUGCACCCCCAACUCUUUGAUAACUCCCUUCAAAAUGGCACUAAGCGUACUCGUGCGCAAUUUGAGGGCCUAGAGGAUGAGCCAUUCGUGAUUCUUGGUGGUACUAUCAAUGACUCUGCUAGGUACAGCUUCACUAAAGAUGAUUUUGAGGCCAUACUUGAGGUAGCCCCUCACUUCAAGACAUAUCUCGCGACUCCUAACUCUACUUUCAUCAACAUCACCGAAUUCUUUGGCUCGUCUCUCAAAGUUCUGCUCCAAUGGAUCACUACAGACACUCUUGUAGAGCUUGAUCCUCGUAAGCCAGGAAGACGAGAAGGUCUCGCUAACUACCACCUUGUCGACACCUACACCAUGGCUAACACCUUCGGUCUCUCUGCGCUGUGCGACGAAAUAAUGAGCAUGGCUAUGAGAGAGCUCUGGGGAAAGAAGGAUGAAGAAUGCAUCUUACCCGACAUUCGUGAUCUAUCCAUGGUCUAUUCCCGAACUAGACCAGGCAACCCAAUGAGAAACCUAUACAUCGCCGUCUUUGAUUGGUUUUUGACCUCCGACGAAUGUAACCGCGUCAACAGUAAAUCCAAAAUCUCCAGCGCUAAGCUUUGGGAUCUUCUCAAGGAUUCUGACCAUGCUGGAGUUGAUUAUAUCAACUACGCGAGAGGUCAAAUUAGCGACCGUGGCGUCUACACCCAUCCUCUCGAUCCACGAAAGUGGAAUACUUGCGAACUACAUCAGCAUGCAAUCGAUAAACCUUGCCCUGUCACGGAUAAGGUGAAGCGUGAAACGUGA